GCGGUCUGUACUUAUACUGUGUAGUCGCAGUGCGGCUGAUUUUCGAUUUUCGUAAGUUAAGCGUGAAACUAAAGAUAACAGUGAGCGUUAAUUCGGAUCCCGUUAACAGUGGUAAACAACGAAGUGGUAAACGUAGCCGACGUGGUAACGUGAGCCGUGAAAUUAUGCAGUUUUUAACACUCCGAGUUGGCGGAAUCUAAGCCCUGAGGUGCGUCGUCGUUGGUGAAAAUAGUGACCUCAUUGAGCGCGGCCGCCUAGCCGUACGUCGUUGUUACCCAGACGGGAUAAAUUCGAGAUACGUGAUAAAUAUGCCGGGGCGUAACAACGUGCACGGCGUCAUGCCGCCCCAUUAUCUUCACGAGUUGCCGGCCGAAGACGAGGAGCGGCUCGAAAAGAUAUUCAACAAACUCGACCUGGACGGCAACGGGAGGAUCGACGUACACGAUUUGUCAAAGGCCCUCCACGAUGUCGGCGUGCAUAGACGAUACGCCGAGAAAUUUUUGGCGGAGUCCGACCGAAACAAGAGCGGCGACAUCAGCUUCGCAGAAUUCAUUCAUUACGUGCGGGAACACGAAAGGAAUCUGCGCCUGCAAUUCUCGAACUUGGACAAAAAUCGAGACGGAAAAAUCGAUCUCGAAGAACUGAUCAGAGCCUUCAAAGACUUGGGCGUUGAAAUGGAUCGAACAGAAGCGACUAAAUUAUUACAGAGGAUGGACCAGGAUGGAAGCUUGAAUAUCAGUUUUGACGAAUGGCGCGAUUUUCUUCUCUACGCACCGACCAACGAUAUUCACGAAUUGAUCCGCUACUGGCGACACUCGACCUACCUCGACAUCGGUGAGGAUAUGGGCGUACCUGAUGACUUUACCAAAAGCGAAAUGGUCUCGGGUAUGUGGUGGAGGCAUCUAUUGGCUGGUGGAAUCGCUGGCGCUGUUUCACGAACCUGUACGGCACCUCUCGACCGUAUUAAAGUAUACCUACAGGUACAUGGAACGAGACAGUGUAACAUAUCAUCCUGUUUCAAACACAUGCUGAGAGAAGGCGGUGCGCUAAGUCUCUGGAGAGGGAAUGGUAUCAAUGUACUUAAGAUCGGUCCUGAAACUGCGCUUAAGUUCAUGGCCUAUGAACAAAUUAAGAGAAUGAUAAAGGGAGACGAUUCUCGAGAACUUAGCAUUUACGAAAGAUUCAUUGCUGGAUCUAUCGCCGGUGGAGCCAGUCAAUCAGCCAUAUAUCCACUCGAGGUACUAAAAACGCGGUUGGCUCUUCGAAAAACAGGGGAAUUCACCAGCAUCAUAGACGCGAUGCAAAAAAUUUAUAGUUCCGGUGGUCUGAAAUGUUUUUACCGAGGGUACGUUCCCAAUCUCAUCGGAAUACUGCCAUAUGCUGGAAUUGAUCUGGCUGUUUACGAGACUCUGAAGAACAGUUACAUACGCACGCAUCAGAAAGACGAACAUCCGGCAUUCUGGCUUCUGCUGCUUUGCGGAACGGCUUCAAGUACGGCUGGUCAAGUCUGUUCGUAUCCUCUAGCUCUAGUCAGAACUAGGUUACAAGCUCAAGUAACACCAUACAGAACUCCGAAUACCAUGGUUGCUGUAUUUCAAGAUAUACUUCACCGAGAAGGUUUUCGUGGGCUUUACCGAGGCUUGACGCCUAACUUUUUAAAGGUUGCUCCUGCUGUAUCCAUUAGCUAUGUUGUAUACGAACACUUCAGACAGGCUCUGGGUGUUAACAUGACGUGAUGAAUAUAUUUAUUAGGGGACAUUAAUUCUAUUAAAUUAUUGUGUAAUUAUAUGAUAAAAGUUAUGCUAAAUCUGCAAGCUAGCAUGAAGCAAGCCGUGCAGGCAGGCCUGCACGCUACUUCGCCCUUCCUUCCUUUGACUAAAGCAGCUUAUUUCUUACUGAAGUUGUCAUAAAUGUUAUAAAUUAUUUGCUACUUAAAAGUUUGAGAAAAAAAAGUAAAUUAAAAAAAUAACAAAAUACAAUCAAAACAAUUGAUAUCGAUGCUACAAGAGUCGCCAGAGGGAGAGGCAAGAUAUUCCAGCGUUAUCGAGACGUUCCAGGCUGAUGGUUGGUGCACUUCCAAUGCAAAGAGUGGAGUUAUCUUGAAAAUUGAGGAUAACAAAAAGUGGAUUAAUCAAUAAAUUGAUUGGUUGAUCAAAAAUUCGAUGUUUCGGUUGAAUGUAAACAGUGAUACGAGCGUUAAUUAAACUAGAAAAAGAAAAGGGGGAACGAACAUACUACUUAAAAACCACUGGAAUAAAAAAUCAGCUCAAGAUUUUAUUUAAAUAUGGACAUUUAAUGUGAUAUUCUCAAGAUUUUUUUUGCUCGUUCCAAUUCAACAAAACUUUCGAAACCUAAUGCUAUCGUACAGCCGCUAAAAGUAACGAAUUAAUAGCCUAAUGAUUAGUUAUAAAGUAGACAUCCCACUGCGUGCCUGCAAAAAUGAUCGACUGAUUAGGGAUUCUUCGAAUUCCACAUACCUGUAUAAAUAUUAAUAUUACUCGAUACGAUUCAUUCCCUGAUUAUAGUAACCAAUGUUGCGUUAGCAAAGUUCUUCUGUAUGUUGCUAUCGUUACGAUUGUAACGGAAUGUUUGUAUGAUGUGAUAAUACAUAUAUAUAUGGGACAGAUUUUCGUAUUACAUACUGCAAACUGACCUUGCCACCUAUAUUAUUGAUGGGCCAGUACCAACAGUUGAUUAGGUAUUUUAUGUAUACGAUUUUCUGGCAGUAUGAACUGUGAAAGUAUAGAUACUUUUACUACGAGAUAAAUAUACAGAUAUUUUAGCUGUAUAUGGGACUGAUGAUACACGACUUUAAGCAAGGAACGUUGAGAAUCGAUUGAAACUUCGAGUAAUUUUAAAAAAAAUUUAUAUGUAUAUUAUUAUAUAUUAUUAUUAUUAUUAUUAUUAUUAGUUUCGCAUGAAGACAUGUAGGUGUACUGUAUAGAUUAUAUAUUACAUACAAUAUGCGUGACGUCUUUUUCUACGAUGAGCAAAUGUAAUUUAUUGGUUUUUAUGUUUUUGAUUAUUAUUGUUUAUAAUAGACUCAGUUCCUUGGAGGCUGCAGGCACCAGUUUUCACCUGUAAUUAUAAUAAAUAUUGUACGAUAUCUCUUAUAUCUUAAAUAUUAUAAAUGUGAUUCCCUCUGCUAGGCAGGAGAAUUGUACUUUGCUGAAUAACUAAAUCUUCAUUCAAA